AUGCGAGCAGCAGCUCGUGAGGAUUCAAUGUAUAUCAAGCUCCUUGACAAAGUGACUCAUGGUUUCCCUGCCAACUUUCCUUCUACUCUUCGCCAGGAAGUGUUGUCUCACCUGCAUGACAGUCAUCGUGGCGUGGAGGUCACAAAACGUCGUGCCCGACAGACUGUGUGGUGGCCUGGUAUCAAUUCAGAUAUCACAAAUGCAGUCAGAUCAUGUGAACCUUGCCAAGUACUUCUGCCAAGUCAGCAACAGGAGCCCAUGCUGACAGAAGAUGCACCGACCAAACCCUUCGAGUCAGUGUCAGCAGACUUUUUCAGUGCAGCGGGAAAGUCUUUUCUUGUAUAUGUUGACCAGCUCUCAGGAUGGCACAUGAUAGCAUGCUGUGGCACUGACACUACAGCCGCAGCCACCAUCAGUUUCUUCAGGAGAUUAUUCCGUGACCUAGGUGUCCCUCUUCGGCUACACACUGAUGGAGGACCUCAGUUUUCAAGCCGAGAUUUUAACGACUUUCUGUGUCGAUGGGGUGUUCGUCAUGAUGCAUCCUCUCCCCAUUAUCCACAGAGUAAUGGCCUUGCAGAAGCUGCAGUGAAGGCAGUGAAACACCUAAUUAUGAAGUUUGCCCCUUCUGAUAUCCUGAAUGAAGCUUUUGACCGUGGAUUGCUGGAACUUCGUAAUACACCACGUCAGGAUGGCCGUUCCCCUGAGCAAAUUUUGUUCGGCCACCCUCUUCGUUCCUGUGUUCCAGCCCAUAGGUCGUCUUUUGCUCCAGAAUGGCAAGCAAAGGCAGAAGACUGUGAUCGCCGUGCAGCUGCUAAGGCAUUGUAUGACUCGCACGCCAAACCAUUACAGCCACUGCAGUCCGGAUACAAGAUCCUGUCUCCAGGCAAUGGAAUAAAGUAG